UGUCCCGCUUUCUCUCCGUUCUUCCCAUUCCAUCUUCACUCAAAGAGAUUAUUGCUGCUGAAGAAAUCAAUUUUCCAAAUUAAAGAGGACAACAUGUUGAUGCGAGAAACUUUUGAUCUCAACUCUAUGCAAUCAUAUGCUGUUCCACUCAAGGAAGGUUUGAGGAAAACUAUGCUCGACCAAGAGGUUAUGUUUAGAAAGCAGGUCCAGGAACUCCAUAGAUUGUAUAGUAUGCAAAAGAUACUGAUGGAAGAUAUUGGUUUGAAGAAGUUUGAUAGAUGCAAUCAAUCAACUUGGCUGUUUUACUCCUCCAAUCCAGUAACACAUGGAUCAUCAGCAAGUUUGAUUGAAGAUGCAAAAUUAUCAUCAACUGAAAUGGUCUGUCCAACAUUUACAAAGUCCCAAAUGCUUCCAGACAGACAUUAUAGUGUUUACAAUAGUAUUCAUCCGAAGCCACUUGGUCUUCAACUUUGUUCAGAUCAGCGUGCAAGCCAUUUGGACCAAGAAGCAUUGAACCUUUCGCUUAGUGUUGUUGAGGAAGACAGGGGGAUAAAAGCUACCACCUCCACUUGUUUCGAUCUGAAAGAAAAUUCUUCCACUCAAAAUAUCAUUGACUUAGAAGUGUCCACAAAAGGAAUAUCAAAUGAAGAGGGAAACCAUGCAACUUGUACUACUACAUUUGUUGACGUGACCAAGUGUGAGUCACAAAUUUCUUCCCUUUCAGUCAAGAUGGCAAAUAGUAGCUGCCCUUUUCGUAAUGAUGGAGAAUGUCCUCCAGGGUUCCAGGAUUGUCAUGAAGCUCUUAUGCUUGACAAAUCAUCACUGAAGGAUUGCAUUUCUCAUGAGGCAGGAAAAUUGGAUCUCAACCAAGUUCAGUUGGCUGACUCAUCAUAUUUCUCAAGUGACAAUUCAGUGACCUGCCAUUUCCCAGCCAGCUCAUUCCCAGUUUUUGGUGUAUCCUUUGACAGGACUCGAGAGAACAACCGUCCCUGUGCGACACAGAGGAAAGAAAGCAGCAAGUCCCUAUAUGAUGCUUCUAACAUCCUUCAAUGGGAUGAUGCUGUAAAUUCUGUUCUAAUGAAUUCCAACAACACAAGUGAGAUUUCUGAUCCCAAAUGUAAGGGUAUUAAGGGAUGUGAAGCUGGCCUAACUGUUAAUAAGUCAGUUUUUAGGACCCAGGUAGGUCAAUAUAAUGAUCUUAGCUACUGCAUUAGUGACCCUAAUAACAUAUAUACCGGAUCCAUUUGGAAGCUUUACGGAGGCCAAUUUACUGAUGUAGAUACUACAUAUGUGGCAACUAAAUUGGUGAACUGUGAGAAUACCAAAAAUGAUGAAAUCUCAUGUGCUGGCCUAAGUCCACCAGAAGAAAAAUUUGAAGAUGGCAACGUACUUCCUGCUUUAUUAUGUGAAUCUAGCUGUAUCAUUGAUAAUUCUGGCAGCAUAAAGACUAAACAACCUCAGAUCAAUUUGGGAGAUACAAAUCUCAUCGCUCCUGACCAGCAUUUAGGCACUGGUGAUGGCAAUGAGCCGGGGCAUAAUUGCCCCAAAAAGGCAGAACUGCCUGAAGUGUCUAUGUGCAUCCAAACUGCUGCUCAAUUGCUUAUAAAUUUGUCCUUAGGCAGUUCUUCUAGCCAUCAAGAUUGUUCUUCCAAAGCAGAAUCUGUCAAGGUUAGUAAGGAGGAGAUGGAGAAGCCAGAUUGUUCUGAUUCUUAUGAACAAAUUGCUUUAAAACUAGAAGAAUGUAGUACAGUUGACUGUUCCGUGUCAUCAAAACCAUACGAAAUAGAUAGCACAGAAAAAAGGGAUUUUGUUUUUAAAUUGAGAAAGGGGAGGAGAUUUAAAGAUUUCCAAAAGGAGAUACUUCCUGGCCUGGUAUCUCUUGCUAGACAUGAAAUUCAGGAAGAUAUAAACAUUCUGGAGGCAAUUUUAAGAUCAAGGGAAUACCGGAAGAUCAGAGCCGGGAUGGGCGAUCAGAGGAGCUGGUGUGCACCUAUGAGAAGUAGACGGUCCAAACGCAAUAAUGUGCGGCGGAAAUUUUUUUAACAGAGUUCAUCCAAGUGCUAACAUAAUCCCCCCCCCCCCCCCCCCCCCCCAACGUGUUUUCUUCUUCCAAGUGUAAGAAGUUAACAACCUUUGAUUCAUAGGAUUUUUGAAGUUUGAUUGUUCAUUUCUGCCUUUAACGUGCUGAGGAUGCAAUCUGUUCUCCUUGUAUGAACGACAUCGACAAUCUCUUCAAAUCUUACAGUGGGAUGCCCUCAAUGAUGAAUUAGUUAAUUUGGAUCGAAUGAUAUUAGUAUAAUUAGAGUAUGGUUGCAGAUUAGUUAAAUUCGUUUUUAAUUUAGCUAUUAGUUACUAGUUGGUCACUCUCGUUGUAUAAGCAAUAAUAUU